AUAUGGGAGCUGAAUGCAAGAAAUAAAUAUAAGCUCUUUCUUCUGCUCUAAGCUGCCCCAUAUCCAAGCUAAGAGAAAGAGCUUCACACCAAGAAUAAUGGCAAACAUCCACGAUCAUGGCUUCUCUGUUGUUUUUGGCCUUCUAGGCAAUAUUUUGUCGUUCCUCGUUUAUCUUGCUCCAUUGCCAACUUUCUACAGGAUUUUCAAGAAGAAAUCAACAGAAGGUUUUCAAUCCAUACCAUAUUCAGUAGCACUUUUCAGUGCCAUGUUGUUGCUCUACUACGCCUUCCUCAAGAAACAUGAUGCAUUCAUGCUCAUCACCAUCAAUUCAAUUGGCUGCUGCAUUGAAUCCAUAUAUCUCUUAUUGUACAUGGUUUAUGCAACCAAAAGCGCCAGGGUAUACACGACAAAGCUGCUCAUAUUUUUCAACCUUGGGGCAUUAGGAUCAAUCAUACUACUCACAUUCAUAUUUUCGGAGGGCUCUAGUCGAAUUUCCGUUGUGGGGUGGAUUUGUGCCGUCUUCUCUGUCUGUGUCUUUGCUGCUCCACUUAGCAUCAUUAGGUUAGUCAUCAAAACGAAGACCGUUGAAUACAUGCCGUUCCCAUUGUCAUUCUUCUUGACUCUCUGUGCUGUAACGUGGUUCCUCUACGGCUUUUCAUUGAGAGAUUACUACAUAGCAACACCAAACAUUCUGGGAUUCAUCUUUGGGAUAACUCAGAUGAUAUUAUACCUCCUGUAUCGCGGCGGACGAAAAGAACAAAUCUUGCCAGAGAUCAAGGCACAAGAAACCUUGCCAGAGAGCAAGGCUAAAGAGCAAGCUAAUGGUGUCCAACUUAGCACAUUAAACCAGCAUCAAGAAGCAGCUGCCAUGAAUAAUGGAGUUGGAGGGAUGAUUAGCAACUCACAGAUUGUGCCAAGUGAAACCAACGUGUGAAAAUCGAACUAAUUAGAUGCAUAUAUCGGUCAGAAAUUGAAAAUUUCUAGUAGCCACUUGGGCCGGACAGAAAUUGAUAUAGACAAGAGAACUAGAACGGCAGCCUCUUUUUCUUAAAAAUAUUAUGCACAAGUAUAAAUUCCAAGGCUUGUAGUCUCAUAAUGACAAUGGCACAAUGAUGCUCAACAGUACUGUUGGAUUGAAAUUUGCUUUGAUACUUUAGUUUUAAAUUGAGAAUUCUACAUCUGUUUGACAUGUCAAACUCAAUCAUUACUUAAUCAAUGAGCCAACUGAGUAUAAUGCUUG